UGUAGCUCUGCACCUACAGCACCCUUUCCUCGGCGCUUUCCCACUUGCCUUUGUUUGCUGCCAGUCGCAUCAGCCAAGCUUCAUCCUCUGGUCCGUGCCUCUUACGCCUGGCUGCUCGUCUUGGCGGCAGCCUGUGACACAUGCAUGAUCCAUCCCCUCCUCACUCCUACGGAGACGGGCAGCUCUUCGAAACAUCUGUUGUUCGUCUCACACAGUGAAGCAAGUCGCGACAGGACGCCACGGCGGAGCCAAAAAGGGGAUUUGCCGACCAUUGCGCGAACUUCGUAGUUAGAUCAACCAACGACAGGGAUAGGCGGCAGAGCGAACCAUAACUUUUUUCGUCGGGGGGCCGUCGUCCAUUGAAGGGGCUCCCACUCAUCACCUGCUUCUCUCGCUCUCCUUCAGCCUGGCCAUAUGCGCCAACCAGGCCUCGGCUUCGCCCGACGCUUCCGACAGUGCCACGCUGCCAGCGCAAGCCCCAGACGGCGGACGACAGUGGGGCCCAGUGGAAAGUGAGCCCACUUCCUCCUGGACGGCAAGCGGCUUCCGCUCCAGUCCCGGACUUUUAGGGGCCUCCGGCCACUAAGGACGCGCUAGGUCAGCAGGCUCAUUAAAAACCCUUCGACUGCGACAUCUCCUGAUCAACGAUGCAUCGUCAUCCUACGCCUCGAGACUGCCCUACGAUAUAGCGACUGUCUGUCUGCUGGCGCUCUAAAAGGGCCACUGUCGCUGCUAUCCCCUUUCGCUCCUACCUGGUGGUGUGAGCGUCGCCCUUUGAGCCUCUUCCUGUCCUUGUUCGCGCCGGGCCGUUUCUGCCCCCCUGCCAACCACAUCGCCGACCCUUCCGAACUUCUCGACAUAUCGCAAUGCCGUCCCGAACGCUGCCGACAUUUACUCGCGCCGAGGUGGAAUCGCACGCGUCCGCCGCCUCGUGCUUUGUUACCAUCGGCACCAAGGUCUAUGAUGUGACGGACUUUGUCGACGUUCAUCCCGGCGGUGGCGACUUGCUGCUCGAGUAUGCUGGCAAGGAUGUCGAGGAAAUCUUAAAGGACCCGACUUCCCAUCCUCAUUCGGAGGCGGCUUACGAUGUUUUGGACGACUCAUUAGUCGGCUUCGUGGUCCCGGAAAAAGCUGUGGGCUCCAACGGCUCCGCGCAUCCCAAGGCCGAGGCCAACGGCACGUUGAAUGGCUCCACGGCUACCGGAACGUCCGCAACCUAUAUUCACCCUCGAACUGGUAUGUCCUGUGAAGAGGACUUGAGCAAGGAAACGGACAUCUCCCAGGACUACAAGAAGCACAAGUUUUUGGAUCUCAACCGGCCACUAUUUCUCCAGAUCUGGAACGGCGGCUUCAGCAAAGAGUUUUACUUGGAUCAAGUCCAUCGCCCGCGACAUUACAAGGGCGGCGACUCGGCCCCAUUGUUUGGAAACUUCCUCGAGCCGCUCACCAAGACUCCAUGGUGGAUGGUGCCCACUAUCUGGCUGCCGUGCGUCGGCUACGGCCUCUACCUGGCAAACCAAGGCUUCGAGCGUCCUGCCAUUACCGCCGCUCACUGGGUUUUCGGUGUGUUCCUGUGGACGUUUAUCGAAUACUGCAUGCACCGAUUCCUCUUCCACCUCGAUGACUAUCUCCCCGACAAUAGGGUCGGCAUUACCGCGCACUUCUUGCUCCACGGCAUCCAUCACUAUUUGCCCAUGGAUAAGUACCGCCUAGUCAUGCCGCCUGUGCUUUUUGUUGUGCUCGCCACUCCCUUCUGGAAGCUGGCUCAGUUCGUCUUUGCGUACAACUGGUACGCAGGCACGGCCGUGUACUGUGGCGGCAUCUUUGGCUACAUCUGCUACGACCUGACGCAUUACUUCCUGCACCACGAGAAUCUCCCCCUAUGGUACAAGCAACUCAAGAAGUACCACCUUCAGCAUCACUUCCUCGACUACGAGCUCGGCUUUGGCGUCACCAGCAAGUUCUGGGACACAAUUUUUGGCACAGAGCUGCAGCCUCUCACUAAGACCAAAUAAGCAGCCCGACUUGGGUCGCCUUUUGCACAUGGCCUUUUUUAUUCACGCCUGUCGUUUGUGUAAUUGAAUAUGGAUUCGAUGGAGUUUAGGUUACUCGUUUGGACUAUUGUUGAGCGACAAACGAACGAAAGCAAUGGGACGAUACCAGAAAAGUGCAUCACGUACCUAACGUAUGACGACGGAAGACAGGUAUCGAGGGGAAACUAUUAAUGGAGACUGGAUGUUUCCGUUUGAGGAACAUGUACUAAAGCACUAAUAAUAAGAAAGUCUACUCUUCG